GGAGACAAUGGGCGAAAAGGAAAGCACAUUUGACUGAUGAAUUUCUAUUGCUUCAAACAGCUCUGUGUCGAUCCAUUGUGAAGAUGUUCAGUGCUGCAGGGAAGAUGGUCUCCUACUUGUUUGGAGGCUCUGAUGACGCUGUAAAACCAGAAAGUGUCCCAGAUUAUGAAAACCCACAUGAGCCAGAUGUAGCAGUAAACCGUCGUGACUUUGAGGGCAAGGUAAGCCACGUGUUUAGUGGCCACGGGUUGGUGGAUAGCGAGGUCUACUUCUCGUUUGAUGACGUUCUUGGCGGGGCUCGACCUGGGGUUGGGCACAAAGUGCAUGUUGUUGCCGUGCAGCAGCACCAUGGCGGGGGCUGGCAUGCAGAACAGAUACGACCACACAAUAGGGGAGACAAGCGCUUUUUCAAAAAAUUAACAGUGGUAACGGAUUGGGAGGAAGGUGAUGAUGACAUAGCGGAGACAGACAACAGUAGACCAUCCGAGGUAGUUGGGACCGUCACAUACUCGAGUGGCCAGACUGGUAACAUCAACAACCACAUUUUCUACGAUCUAGCCGAGUGUAAAUGUGGGGCGUUCAGGCCGGGUAAAGGUGACUGGGUCAAGGUCACUGUGAAAUAUGAAGGGGAUAAUGUGAAUGAUGUGGUUGUUACCAAUAUUCAACAUCUGAGGGUGAAAGAGACAGAAGGAGUGAUAUCUGGGGAGCUUGGUGACCAUGGGUACAUUGAUGGUGAGGUGUUUUAUGCACGUGACUCCCUGCAGGAUGGGUACCGGCCCCGCAAGUGGGAACCAGUGCACUACGUUGCUGUGGAGAGUCAGCAGGGACGGUGUUCAUGGAGAGCUGUAUCAGUACAACCAUCAGACAAACCCCACAUUGCAAAUAUCAAGGUGUUACAAGGCCCACUUCAGCGCUCCUUCACUAAAGAGCUCCUGGCUAACAAGGAGGGGAUCAGUGUCACAGAGAAGACAGAUUUUGGUUCUGUUGCCGUGGGAACCAGCAGGAAGCUGGUAGUCUGGGUGAAGAACAAUGGAGACAAACCACAGAAGUUUGUCCGUUGUCACCUGACAGCUGCCAGCUCACAGAUGUCCAUUAAAGAUAUCCGGUUGCUAAAGGAAGUCGGAGGGAGGACUAUGGACGACCUUGUGACAGGGGAGGUAACACUGUAUCCAGCCAUGUCCCUGUACGUCAGCCUGCACAUUGAGGCCAGGUCCCAAGGUCAAGAGAAGCCGCUGAUGGUGUUCACAUUUGAGGAGUUCAAGAUUGGCCGUUAUGUGACUGCCAGCGUCACUGAUCCCUUGGUCGGGCUUGUAGAGAUGGGCGCAGCAUUUAAGCAGGAGGGAACCAGGGAGGGGUACCAGAGAUAUAAGGCCACAGUGGAGUCCCAGGCAACACCUUGGACCCUCCCCGGACAGAGGCCAUCUAGGGCCAAUAAGAGAACUGUGCAGUACCCAAACCACCUGCCCCAGUAUUCUGUACCAUCAAAUCUCCAAGAGGCCACAUUGGAUCCAGACAGGAUAACCCAGCUUGUGCCUGUACUGGACCAGGAACUGUGUAUGGGAAACUAUCGAGAGAGGCUGGGCACGCUGUUACACCUGGAGGAAAUCCAAAUGGACAUCGACAUCCGCGAGUUCGACCUGCACAGGGUGUGCAUGCGCCGUGUUGGGGAGUACCUGGGGCUUCAGGUUCCUGGCCUAGCAGAGGGGCGGCCGUCUGUGUUGAUAGGGGACAGUGUUUACCUCACUGAUCCAGCUGACCCAGAUGGGCCCUGCUUUGAGGGCUUUGUUCAUGAGACAUUUAAGGAUGAAGUGUUGCUGAAGUUCAACCCAAAUUUCCAAAGGUCAUACACAGGGAAAGAUUACAAUGUGGUGUUCACAUUCAACAGAGGGUCUUUGAGGAAGUGUCACAGAGCUACAGAAAUGGCCAAAGGAUUAGGAGAAAAAACACUGUUCCCAGCCCAUCUCCAAGCUCGGCCAGCCCAAUGGUUGUCCCAGAAAGUAAAGUGGUUCAACCAGCAGCUUAACGCCCGACAGCGGGCUGCAGUUACCCGGAUUCUCCAGGGACAGGGGAGACCACUCCCCUAUAUACUGUUUGGACCACCAGGUACAGGUAAGACGGUGACAGUGGUGGAAGCCAUACUUCAGGUGUUCUCCCAGAUGCCGUACAGUCGCAUCAUAGCCUGUACACCCUCCAACAGUGCUGCUGAUCUCAUUGCUCAGAGGUUACAUGAGAGUGGUCUACUGAAGACUGGAGACAUGGUCAGACUCAAUGCAAUGCAAAGGUCUGAUGAGUCAAUCCCAGACUGUAUCCGACCCUACUGUACAGUAGGGGAUGACAUAGACCUUGCAUCCCGAUAUCGUGUGCUCGUGAGCACGUGCGUCAGUGCUGGGGUCAUGUACUCCCUCGGCAUCAAGGCAGGCCACUUCACACAUGUCUUUAUUGAUGAGGCAGGACAAGCCACAGAGCCAGAGGCCCUUAUAUCAGCAUGUCUGGUCUCCCAGACAGACGGACAGGUUGUGUUAGCUGGAGACCCACAGCAGCUGGGCCCAGUGUUGAGGUCUCGUUUCUCCCUUGAGUACGGCCUGGGGAUAUCGCUGUUGGAACGGCUUAUACACACACCCCUGUAUGAGAGAGACGAGCUCAGGUUCUCUGACCAUGGGGCUUAUGACCCUCUUCUGGUAACCAAGCUGGUUGAGAACUACCGUAAUCACCAAGCCAUCCUUGACCUUCCCUCCCAGCUGUUUUACCAUGGUGAACUAGAAGUGAGGGCUGACCCAAAAGUGACAGAUUCAUUCUGUCAGUGGACCUCACUCCCCACACUGGGAACUCCAGUCAUCUUCCAUGGUGUUAGGGGAGAGGACCUCAGGGAGGGUAACAGCCCGUCCUGGUUUAACCCGGCAGAGAUUGUCCAGGUGGUGCGGUACCUGCAGGCUGUGCUGGGUCACUCCAAGGUUAGAGCAAGUCCUGGCCAGGCCGAUGGGAGUGUGGGGGUGGGGGAAAGCGGGGACAGUUAUGCAAACAGAGAGGUGCUGAAUGAAGGUUCAGCUUUUACCUGUGAUGAUGUUGGUAUUAUCACUCCAUACAGGAAACAGGUUGAGAAGAUCCGACUGAUGAUAGACAAGCUUGGUCUUGCCAGGGUCAAGGUCGGGUCUGUAGAGGAGUUUCAGGGACAGGAGCGACCUGUCAUUAUCAUCUCUACAGUUCGCUCUAAUGAGGACCUUGUUGGUUUUGAUGAGCGGCACACUCUGGGUUUCCUUAGUAACCCAAAGCGGUUCAAUGUGGCCAUUACCCGGGCCCAGGCACUUCUCAUUGUCAUAGGCAACCCACAUGUUCUUACACAGGACAAAUACUGGAGAGCCCUACUUGACUACUGUGUUGACCUUGGGGCGUAUGUAGGCUGUGAACUGCCACCAACAGAGCUGGAUAUCUAACCACAUCAGCCAUGUCCCAAGACAAUAUUAGCUAUGUCACAGUGGUAUACUGCUUUGAAGAAUUUGCCUUUGAGUUGAAAACCUGUUUCAAACUUUAUAGAAAUUUAGAAAUAUGGCAUUGGUUUAAUAGUGUGAAGAUAUUCAACGUAUGAAGCUUAUGUUGUAAACUGCCACAACUGGACAGCUGCCAAGUAUGGCCAUAUGUGUAAUAGCGUGAAGAGCUGGGGGUAUUUCUACAUUCGAACAUAAAUUCGAUGCCACGUGAUUGAUUAAAUAUCUUUUCAAGCUUUCUGACUUGGCUAUACGAAUUUCCCGUAAAAUUCAUCGUAAAAUUCAUACACUGAUAUGUUGAUAAACUGAAAUAUCCUACCACACGGUCAUGCCAGCAACAAAGCGUAAGGAAAGACGCGUCUACAACCGAAUAAGACUGAUUUAAUAUCCAUGUAUCAUGGAAUAAACUUGGAAAACUGGUUUAAUCCAAUGUUAAUCCACAUAUUUUUGCACUUGAAAAUUAAAAUAUUCAUUCAGUGAAUGGCGA